UCACAAUCAGAAGGUCCAGAUGCACAUGUUGGAUCUGAUGAGUUCUAUAAUAAUGGAGGGAGACUGUCUCACACAGGAACUACUGGACACCAUCCUGAUCAACCUGAUACCUGCUCACAAGAACCUGAAUAAGCAGGCGUACGACUUGGCCAAGACUCUGCUGAAGAGGACCGUUCAGACCAUAGAAACAUGUAUCGCAAACAGUAACGACGGAGAAGAGCGUCUAGCUGUGGUCAGACUGCUGGCCAAGCUGUUUGGAGCCAAAGACUCAGAACUGGCCACUCAGAACAGACCGCUGUGGCAAUGCUUUCUGGGACGGUUCAAUGACAUCCAUGUCCCAGUGAGGCUUGAGUCGGUCAAGUUCGCUUCCCACUGUCUGAUGAACCAUCCAGAUCUGGCCAGAGACCUGACAGAGUUCCUGAAAGUGCGAUCACAUGACCCAGAGGAGGCGAUCCGACACGACGUCAUCGUAACGAUCAUCAACGCCGGGAAGAAAGACUUGAACCUGGUUAACGACCAACUGCUGGGCUUCGUUAGGGAGAGGACCCUGGACAAGAGGUGGAGGGUACGUAAGGAGGCGAUGAUGGGUUUGGCCCAGUUGUUUAAGAAGUAUUGUCUCCAUCAUGAGGCUGGGAAGGAACAGGCCCAGAAGAUCUCCUGGAUCAAAGACAAGCUACUUCACAUCUACUACCAGAACAGCAUCGACGACAAGUUGUUAGUAGAGAAGAUAUUUGCUCAGUACAUGGUUCCUCACAGUCUGGACACUGAGGAGAAGAUGAAAUGUCUCUACUACCUGUAUGCCUGUCUGGAUACCAACGCUGUCAAGUUAGUGUACACACACACACCACACAACACACACACCACACACACCACACACACACACCUCAACACACACCACACACACACACCACACACACACACCACACACACCACACACACACACCACACACACACACCACACACACCUAACCAGGGCUUUUUUGGGUUAAAUGGUGUAGUGGCGUCGUCGUGGGGUGUAGUGGCGUCGUCGUGGGGUGUGGUGGCGUCGUCGUGGGGUGUGGUGGCGUCGUCGUGGGGCGUGGUGGCGUCGUCGUGGGGCGUGGUGGCGUCGUCGUGGGGCGUGGUGGCGUCGUCGUGGGGCGUAGUGGCGUCGUCGUGGGGCGUGGUGGAGUCGUCGUGGGGCGUGGUGGCGUCGUCGUGGGGUGUGGUGGCGUCGUCGUGGGGUGUGGUGGCGUCGUCGUGGGUUGUAGUGGCUUCGUCGUGGGUUGUAGUGGCGUCGUCAUGGGGUGUAGUGGCGUCGUCAUGGGGCGUCGUCAUGGGGCGUCGUCGUGGGGUGUAG